AUGGCGAAGCAAAAGAAGCGAUGGAACUGGCAAGGCGGCCCAAGAGAAGGCUUAGGCACAAAACCUGCAGAUUCGAACCGAACUCGUCAACCUGAACCUGAGCGACCACCGGAUUGGCAGGCAUCAACAGCGACUCUGCCUGAUGUCUGGGAAGAGUACAUGGCGAGAAGAGAGCUUACGCCGCCGAUGAAGGAUCGUUGGCGAGCAGAGGAAGAUUAUCGCGAUAGACAUCCACGUCCGCGUGAGAGAAGCAGAGACCGUUGGGCUCGUUCACCAUCUCCAUACCAUUACCCUGGUGAAUCUUCCUACAGAGGUCGAGAGCUUUUCGACGACGACUACUAUCGUCCUCGUGACCGCUCAAGGGAUUCGAGAUACGCCAACAACCCGCGAAGGUCGCCAUCACCCCGAUUCGCUCCAGGUCCGCCACCGGGUCCCCCACAGCGGCAUCGGCAUUACGACGAUCGAUUUCCGUAUCACCGCGAGCCAUCACCACCAAGAGGUCCAAAGCGACGACGGACGAGGAGUCCUUCUCCAGCUCGCAGUGAUCGCUGGGCUCCUGAUUUGCGGCGAAGAAGCCCGAGCAGAGAGCGACCACUCUCUAAGGACAAGUGGGCGCCUAUUGACAGGGCCUUCUCACCUCGUCGUGCUUCGCCUCCCCGUGGUCCACGUAUCGAUCCACGCGGCCCGCCGCCAGAGAUCGACUCGUACGUCCCGCGUCCUCGAGGCCGAGAGCCUGCAUCGCCUAGGCAUCGACAACAGCGUCCAGAUACUCCACCUCGUCGACCUCAAUCGCCUCCACGACGCGCAUACGACGCCCCACCCCUUCGCGAAAUAUCGCCCCGGCCUGCUCGGUCAGACCGGGCCAGGGAGGUUGAGGCGAGGCAGGCUCCAGCUGCGGAAAAGGAAGUCACAACCCCUAAUCCAGCUUCCGGCAGGGCGCAGGAAGAACCGGCACCGAUGGACAGCCGACACGCCACACGAGGCUACCAUGGCAGUCGCGGCAAUCAUAUGCAGAGAGGCCAACAAAGACCAUGGGUAGAUACUAGAUAUCAGCACGGAGGCUCACCACCGCAUGGGACACCAAACGGCUCACACCACGGUUCUCCCCAUUCAGCAAACUCAUACCAAAACCGAGGAGGAUGGGCUGCCCCGCCUCAUGCUCCGAGCGGUCCGGCGAACAAUUAUUCGACGCAAUACCGCCAGCCGAGCUAUCCUCCUAACGGACCUCCAAGCCACGCGCCAAACUAUCAUCGUCCUGAUGGCUACAAUCAUCCUCCGUCGGGGCCAUCGAACACAACCUAUCGCGGCGGUCGUGGUGCAUACCGUGGAGGAGAUAGGUCCUACCAGCAAGGUCCUGCAGAUCGCAGAUUUUCUGGACCACCAAAUGGUCCCUCAUCCGGACCUUACAAUCCGCCACAGCGUGGAGGAUAUCAGGGCGGACCGCCGUCGCAUAUGAGAGCAGGUCCAGAUGCGGUCGGGCCUCCAAGAGACAGUCAAAUCGCUCAGCCGGAAGAGCUCCACAGGCCACCAGAUGAUGCGCCCACAGGACAGAGACCAACAAAUGGUGUUCCUGCAGACAACAACGGUAAUACUGCUCCGGCCAAGGAUGCGUCGAAAUUUAGCUUUGCAUUCAAAUCCAAGCAACCUCCAACGGCUCCAGCUAAGGCGCCUACAGAUCUCAUGGCUAAGGCCAAGCCAGCUUUCCAGAAGCAAGAGCACCGUGCGCCACCCACAGAGCCCCGAAGUAGCAGAUUCGACCAAGCACCAGCACAGCGAUUCGAUAGGCAACCGAUGAGGCAGCCGGACUGGAGACCUCCUUAUCCUGACCAAAGACGACCAGAGCAGCGACCCCCAUAUCAGCACGACCCUCGAUAUGGUCCGCCUAUGGACAGACGACAUCCGCGGGAUCGGCCAGGAAUGGACAGAAGACCGGAAGGAUCACGGUCGCCACCGCCCAAGCGUCUGAAGCCGGAGCCACCCAAACCGAAGCCUACACUAUUGCCCGAAUUUGUAGGCUCCGAAUCCAUCUAUUACCGCAAGCCGGGCAACGAGUCAGUUGUUGGGGCAGGCACAUAUGGCAAAGUCUUCAAAGCCAUCCACAUCUACACACGCGAUAAAGUCGCCCUGAAGAAGAUCCGCAUGGAAGGCGAACGAGAUGGCUACCCCAUAACUGCUGUGCGCGAGAUCCGUCUCCUUCAGCAUCUCCGCCACAAGCAUGUGAUCGCACUGCACGAAGUCAUGGUGGAGAAGAAUGAAUGCUUCAUGGUCUUCGAAUACAUGUCACACGAUUUGACAGGCCUGAUUAACCAUCCGACAUUCAAACUCACUGCAGCACACAAGAAGAAUCUGGCAUACCAAAUGUUUGACGGACUCGACUUCCUGCACCGACGAGGUGUUCUACAUCGCGACAUCAAAGCCGCCAACAUCCUCAUUUCCAACACAGGUCAGCUCAAGUACGCCGACUUCGGUCUAGCACGAUUCUACACAAAGUCUCGCGCUCUCGACUACACGAAUCGAGUCAUCACUAUCUGGUACCGGCCUCCGGAACUCCUCCUUGGCGAAACACAAUACGGUCCAGCAGUCGACAUCUGGUCUGCCGCCUGCGUCUUCAUGGAGAUGUUCACGCGCAAAGCCGUCUUUCCCGGAGAAGGCUCCGAGCUCUCCCAACUCGAGAAGGUCUACAACGUCCUCGGCACACCAACACGCGCCGAAUGGCCUCGCAUUGUUGACCUUCCGUGGUUCGAGCUCAUGCAGACCGCCGCCAAUGCGGCCACGAGCAGCAGUUCCGGCUCCGCACGCAAACCGCGCCAGUUCGAAGCCAUGUUCUUUGAAAUCUUCUCCCCAGCCAGCAUGGAUCUGAUCACGCAGUGCUUCAAGUACGAUCCUAAUCUCCGCCCUUCAGCUGAGGAAGUCCUGAAACAUCCCUACUUUACCGAAGAAGAGCCCACGCCAGCACAGCCUAUUGAGCUAGAGACCGUUGAAGGCGACUGGCACGAGUUCGAAAGCAAGCAGCACCGCAAGGACAAGGAGCGGAAGAAGAAAGAGGAGUGGGAGCAGGAGCGCGCGAAGCGGAAGAAGGCGGAGCGCGAGGCGAAGGAAUCUGGCGCUGCUGCUCCAGCUGCUGGUGGUAGCACCCGGCCAGUUCCGUCGACCAACAACACGUCAGAAGCUGUGCCCGGGGCGAGUGUGACGGAGGUGCCGCCUGCGCCGAUGCCGGAGGCUGAGCGGGAUGAAGACGCGAGUGAUGGGGAGGGCGGCGCGCCGAUGAGCAUGUCGCUGUAG